UCGUGAAAUACCUAUAUGCCUAAGAUGUGAUCCAGGUAUUAUAGCAGGGUCGGCUAUACCAAUCUUCACGUCAGAAUGUCUGGCCCUUGACAAAUUCGUGCUAGGGUAUGGGUAAAUAUGGGGAGGAUCAUCAAACUAGGUGGACCGGGAUUGGUAACCAGCCAUCUGAGGUGAUAUCCCGAUGGGCUCAUUGGAAAGACCUCGACCUCGUGUACAUAGUCUCAACGUUGAAAGAAUCAUAUGAAAAGCUGUCACGAUAGUUUAUAUCUUACAGAGGCUUGCGCUUCGUGGUCGAAGCCCUCGGAGUUUUCCUAAUACUUAAUCGUCUCUGUCUAACGGGCAAAAGAUUUCCUUGUUGGCGUCUAUGUAGCCAUCAUGUUGGGAAGGGCACUGGUCUUAGGGUGCUUAAUUGGAUUUGCUUCCGUCGCAUUUGCUGCAGAUCUUGCUGGAUUUAAUCCAAACGACGUUCCUGAAUGCGGCCUCCUCUGUAUAAGCGGUACAGUGUCGCAAAAAUCGUCAUGUUCGCCGACCGACUUCGCCUGUGUUUGCGCCAAUGACGCCUUGAUUGGAGAGAUUGAGGCAUGUAUCGCACACUCGUGCCCUCCGCGGGAUGCGUUGACGACAGCAAAAAUCGCGAAGGCAUUGUGCGGUGUUGAAUCAAGGAACAUAAACUUAGCAGUAUGGCUGGUUCCACUGGUGACAAUCAUCCUCAGCACGAUUUUCUUCAUUUUGAAGCUGGUGUCUCGAUUCGUGCUACAACAGCAGGUUGAUGUUAGCGACAUCAUGCUAGGUAUCAGCGUGGCUUUGACGCUUCCGGUUUUAUGGGUGGCCUUCAGAUUGUCCCAGUUAGGAUUGGGGCAUGAUGUUUGGAGCAUACCUCAGGAUAAUAUCACAAAGAUCCUUUAUUUGUAUUGGUGGGCAGAGAUUAUAUACCAAUCUGGUUUACCCCUUACGAGAAUUGCGAUCCUCUUUUUCUAUCUCAAGGUGUUCCCGCAAAAACAUAUCAGAUGGGCAAGCUAUGCGCUCAUCGGGCUGAACGCCGCGAACUUGAUCGCCUUUGUGCUGGCCACCAUCUUUCAAUGUUCUCCAAUCUAUGGUGCUUGGACAUUUUGGGACGGAACGUUUCAAGGACAUUGCAAUGAUCUCCAUCUCCAGUCGUGGAUACAAGCUGGAAUCAAUAUCGCUUUAGAUCUCACGACCAUAAUUCUACCACUACCAUCAUUAGCAAAACUUUCGGCUUCAAGGGGGAGGAAAAUUCGCAUAAUAAUCAUGUUCGCGCUCGGGUUCUUCAUCACGAUCAUCAGCGUCCUUCGUCUAAGGACUCUUGUGGUGUUCGCGAAUUCCACAAACGUUAGUUACGAUUACGUCGAGCCAGGACUGUACUCUAUCAUCGAAGCCUCGGUCAGCAUUAUCUGCGGUUGCUUGCCCUCAGUAAGAGCCCUUCUGCUCACCAUCACGCCCAAACUCCUUACUUUGACGAAUCGGUCCAAAUUUUCGAACUCUCAGACGCCGCCAGGCGAAUCCUCGCGUCAAAAGUUUGAUCGCCUUGAUGAUUGCGAGAGUGCAAAAAGUCCCAUCAAAGUCAAGAACGAGUGGUCAAUUCACAGCCAAAGCACCCACCAGGGUCUGGAGUCCGGAUCCAAUGUGGAGCUGGUGACCAUGGACACUACGCGAUCUCGGAGCAGUAUAGAUAGCGAGCAUGAAGAAGCGACUCGAACAGUACAGAGUGUGAACUGGAGCCGGCCACUGCCACGCUCGCAUGAAGGCGGCCUGGCAUAAAUGUCCCUUGCGUUAUGUUUCAUUAACUUCAUCUAGCAUAGGUAACAGUAUAUGGCGUUAGCGUUUGUCUUUUGGGGUGGCAAUAGUCAAGAUAGCGUGGGUGGUAUCGUCUUUAUCAGCAAGUUAAAUUGGACGGAGGCAAGGAAAUAACAAGAGGGAUGCGGAGGUUUGCGAUUGCGAUAUGGCGGGUUGCUUAAGCA